GGGGAGGCAACAUGGUGGGCUCUGGGAUCCCAGCUUUGAGCCUCUUCCUGCUGAUGCAGGGCUCAGUAGAUGGGAAUGGAAUCCAGGGAUUCUUCUAUCCAUGGAGCUGUGAGGGAGAUGUGUGGGACCGGGAGAGCUGUGGGGGCCAGGCAGCAAUCGAGAACCCCAAUCUCUGUCUGCGUCUUCGAUGCUGCUACCGUGACGGGGUCUGCUACCACCAGCGGCCAGAUGAAACUAUGCGGAGAAAGCACAUGUGGGCGCUGGGCUGGACAUGUGGAGGCCUCCUAUUCCUGAUCUCCAGCAUCUGCUUGUUCUGGUGGGCCAAGCGCCGCGAUAUGCUGCACCUUCCAGAGUUCUUAAAGGGCAAAUGUGACCUGUCAAGGACCGUCUCUCUGUUAUCCAAGGACCGGGGGACUUCGAGCAAAAAAAAGUCAUCGGCUGGCAGCAUGCCAAACUCCCCUCCUCUGGAGGGGGCCACGGAUGUGUCAGGGGCCACCGAAGGGGAAGGGACGACAGAAGGGGGUGAUGAAACAGAAGGGGGGGAGGACGAAGAUUAGGGGCACCCCUGGGGGGGCCCCUCAAUACAGACAUAGCAUAUAGA